UUAGAUUGAAUAUUAUGUCUCAAAACGCGGUCCAACUUGCCGGCCUAGUGUUCGGCUUUGCGGGUGCUUGCCUACAUACAGUGGCGAUACUUCGUGCUGAUUGGAGAAUAAGUGAUCCGGGUGGUCCAGGAAAGUCAAUGUCGAAAAGUUGGAUCCAUAUUGAUGGGUUCUGGAAGGAAUGCAUUGGGUACACGACUGGAGAAUGGCAUUGCGAUGGAUUCGGAGAUUUCUUUCUUCGUUUCAGCACUUACUUAAUAUUAGGACGAACGCUGAUGAUUGUCACCAUCGGUUGUGCAAGUCUUGCUGUAUUUCUAUCGUUAGCAGGCAUGAACUGUUCCACGAUGCUUCCCGAAGAUAGUUCAAUAAAACAUCGAGUCUACAAACUGUCCGUUCUACUAUUCCUUCUAUCAGCCAUAUCAGCCACAGUUAUAACACUGUGGUCAGCCAUACGAACUUCCUCUGAGUUCUACGCAUGCGUACAACAACAACGAAGCGGGCAGAAGGUUAACAAAGGUCAAUGUAUGAGAUUUGGACAAGCUUUGUAUAUAGCAUUUGGUGCAACGUCAUUCUGCUAUAUGGCACUUAUAUGUGGGGCAUGUUCAAGCAACCAAACUAAUGAUCCUCAAGAUCGACCCGUUAAGAUGUACGAACGACCACCAUAUGUGUAUAACAAAACCAAGCAGACACAGGAGUAUAUAUAGCUUAAAUGGAAGCCGGUAUAAUGUAUUAACGGCUCCGUGGUUAAAAUGUGUAUAUGCGUCAACACUUGUUAUUUGUAAUUACAUAAACCACUGUAGGCUACGCUUGGAAUUUAGAUGCUCAUUUGAAAUAAACUAUGUUCCUUUGUAAAGGU